AAUACUAAACGGGCUGUACAAACAUCUUAGUGAUUGUCAACCCCUCUGCAAAUAAUUAUUUUUAUUAUUUUGUUUAUGUUUAAUAUAAAAAAAUACACGUAAAAAAUUGAUGAAAAUGUAAAAUGCAAUAGCUGAGCGCUUCCCACAAAGCAAAACGCGUAAGUGAGAGUUGCUUCCUCAGCGAUAACGCCAUAUUUUCGCAGCAGACGAAAGUGAAAAGCUGGGAAAACAGAAUAGAGAAAAUAGCAGUGCAUUAUUUUCCCAUAUCUGUGUCAGAAAUAAAAUUUUCCAAAAACCGACUGUGUGCGUGCGAGUGUGUGUGUGUGUGAUUGUAUAGAUAUUGUAACGUUAUUUAACAAUAGCAAAAUGUCGGAAAUAUCAAAAACGGAAAAGCAACACGCACAACAACAACAGCAACAUAGCAACAUUAGCAUCUAUGGCAAUCAAAUGAACGUCAUACCCAAUUACACAUUGAGCGGAAUGAGCUCCUUUGAUGCCGAAUCGCUGCCUGAUUACUCAGAAUUUGAUUCCGAAUCGGUUACUUUGGACUAUUACAAGGAAAGUGUACUACGUCCAGAAGCGGACAAAAUGGCGCCGACAACGACAAUUGAAACUAUUACAAUCACAAGGCCCCUCAAGGUGAUUGCAUUUAUAUGCGGAGUCAUAGUGGUGGUAUUGAUGGUUAUGGCAUUGGCCUCCACGGAUUGGCUAAUGGCUGCUGGCUGGCGGCAGGGUCUAUUUGUGCAUUGUAUUGAGGACGAUUCAAUGCCGCCGCUGCCAUUCAAUAUACAGGAUCCACCAGGCUGCUAUUGGACCCGCGAUAUUGGCUACAUCAAGGCAACCGCUGCGCUUUGUAUUAUCACAUUGAUAACGGACGUCAUAGCCACAGUGCUGACUGGACUGGGCCUUAAGUCGCAGAAUCAUAAUCUUAAAUAUAAAUUUUAUAGAAUAGCAGUGCUAGUAAUGCUCGUUUCAUUAUUGGCCGUGCUGUCCGCUCUGAUUGUCUAUCCAGUGUGCUUUGCAGGCGAACUCACAAUGGCGAAUCGACGCGUUUGGGAGUUUGGCUGGGCCUAUGGCGUUGGCUGGGGCGCAGCAAUUUUCUUAUUUGGCGCCGUGGUUCUGUUGCUAUGCGACAAAGAAUCUGAGGAGAUCUACUAUAAGGAGAGAAAAAUUGUACAUGAAAACCAAAUGCGCGCCUAGGCAAGGCCGCACGACCUGCCUGACGUCGUUCUUUAGACAUAAGCAUCUAGCAACCAAUACACACACACUCACACACAGAGACACUCACAGACGUAUACAAAUUUCAAUUUGACUCAAGACUCAAAAACAAAGAACUCGAUCAAAAUAGUAAUUUUCGUCAAAAACUUUAGUUAGACUUCUGAUUACGUCCAUCAUCAACCAAUUUAAGCCAAAAAUGAAACCAGAACGACUUGACUUUCUUCUCCCCACAGUACUGGGUGUUAGUUAAAUAAGACUUGUUUUUUUAUUUUCUUUUUUUUUUCUUCAUAAGUUUCCCCAUACUGAAAGGUAAUUUUCCAAAACACACAUACACAUACGCCGCAUCUGACAUAUAAAGAAAUAUAUACACCAAAUCGUGUCCAAUCUAUCUACCUACCUACCUAUAUAACAACAUAAUGAUAUAUGUAUAAUUGCAAUUUGUGUCAGCGAGUUUUACAAAAUUGUAAUAUUUAGUCUGCUCUUUGGCAUAAAUGUGACGAAAGCACAACAAAAUUGUACUAAAUGUACUCAUAUAAAACAUAUAUUUAAAAAAAAAAACUAUUCAGCUACAUACCAGUCGUAUACCUAGAAAAUUAUCAUAGAAAUUCAUAGUCGUUUACACAUGUAAUCCUUC